UAUAAUAUUAUUAAUAUAAAAUUUGUUUUAAUUAUAUAAUAAGUGAAAUACCUAAAAUCAUGGAGAACAUGACACAUAAACAAAUUCACUUCUCAAAUAAUAAUAUAGAUAAGUUAAUUAUAUAUAUAUACACAAAAUAAAGUGUAAAAGUUAUACUAUGCUAAUUGCAAAGUACCAUUUAUUUUUUUAAAUUAAUAUCCUGAGUUACUUAGAUUACGUGAUUUAUUUUAUUUUUAAACAUAAUAUUAUUAUAUUUAAGACUCGAACAAACAUGCAUAGUUUUAAAUAAUAAUGAUCACUAUUAAAUUUGUGUAGUCUACCUGAUUUAAAUAUAUUUUCAGUUAGGAGGGAUCAAACAUCGCAUUACUAUUGUUAAACUAAAACAAACAUUAUAAAAAAAGCAAAUAGUCAAAUAAAUAUAUAAAUAGGUUUAAUUAAAACAUGAAAGUUAAUUUUAAUUUCAGUUAAAAAUAAGUUAAACAUUUUAAAUAACUUAUAUUAUAUAAUAAUCAUUUUAUUGUAAAUGAUGUAGCUAUAUCUAAGUAAUCGUAGAAAUUAAAUGAAGAGUAAAAAAUAUUCCUAGAACAAUGUUUUUGCAUUAGAAAACAAAACUCCUAGAACCAUCUCUUUAUUUUUUUAAAUUUAACUUUAAAAACUACAUAAAUAUUAUAUAUUGAUAAUUUAUAUCAUUGUAGUCUUGUAGAUAUAAAUUAAAGUAAAUUCACUUAUUACAUCCUAUUCCUAACCAAUCGUCCCCAAUGAUUUUAUGCUUUUGCUUUCUUCCUGAAUGCUAUACAUAUUUCAACAUUCUUAUCUUCUUCUGUCCACUCUGUAUACUUUUUUUUUUUGAUAAAGGAAAAAUGGGCCGGAAUUAAAACACAUGUCGUGAAACACUCUGUAUACUAGUAGUAGUUUUUUUUUUCAUCUUAAAAUCUUGGACCCUGAAUCUUCAAGAAAAUUUAGAAAAAGAAAGAUUAGGACCUUGUCCAAAAGCACAGUUGGCACUCUCUUAGAGCCGGGUCUGUGCCUAACACGUUAUUUUAACUACUAUUUUAACUCCCCUAACGUGUAUACAAUAUUCAGCUUUUCUAAAAAAACAUUUUUGUAAAGAAAGAAUUUCUAGUUCUUUGUCCUUUUUGUUUUAUUUCUGAAGAUGAUGAAUACGUACAAAACCGCAACAAAUUUGAAAGUAACUUACCAGAGCGAAAAGGUCAAUGAUGACAUUGUUUUUGUUAUAAACUAAAGUCGACAUAAUAAUAAAUGAAUUUAGUCAAAUAAAAGGUGCAACACCAAUAAUUUUGCUGAGAGAGACAACUUUUUGGUCAAACACACCAUUUCUUGAAACACACAACAGAGAUCAAACAAGAACUAAAACAACAAGAACUCAUCUCCGAUGAUCCCAGUUCUCAUGUAAAAUAAUAAAAACCCUACAAAAACAGACAAGUCUCCAAUGAGAUCGGUGUUUCUGUUGUUGUUCUUUUGUCUCUAUCUUCUCUUUGUCUCGGUCUCAUGUGGCUCUUUCAAAGAAUUUGUCUAUCCAAAUUUCACUGCUUCUAACCUCAGAUUCAUCGACAGCUCCAAAGGAGCUUUCCUCUUCUCCCCUAACUCCAUCUUCAAAGCCGGUUUAUUCAGUCCAGGAGACGACUCCUCUUCCGAUUUCUACUUCUCAAUCAUCCACGUCGACUCCGAUUCCACAAUCUGGUCUUCGAAUCGUGACUCUCCCGUUUCGAGGGCGGGGAAAAUGAACCUCUCCCCUCAAGGAAUCUCCGUUAUCGAAGACGGUGUAAACCAAACACCGGUUUGGUCAACGCCGGUUUUAGCCUCUCCGGUUCACUCCCUUCGGUUAACGGACUCGGGAAACCUCCUUUUGCUCGAUCGUCUCAACGCUUCUCUUUGGGAAAGCUUUAGAUUUCCCACGGACACGAUCGUUCUCGGACAAAGACUUCCCGUUGGGAUGUUCUUGUCCGGAUCCGUGUCACGGUACAAUCUCUCCCAGGGAGAUUAUAAAUUCGUCGUCGUUGAAACUGGUGGGUUUAUGAAGUGGAGAGGACAGAACUACUGGAAGCUGAGGAUGCAUACACAAGCCAACGUCGAUUCAAAUUUUCCCGUCGAGUUUUUAACCGUCACUACUUCUGGAUUGGCUUUAAUGGGAAGGAACGGGACGACGGCGGUAAUCCGUGUGCCGUUACCGCCGUCCUCCGACUUUCGAGUAGCCAAGAUGGAUCCGUCUGGUAAAUUUAUCGUUAGUAGAUUCUCUGGUAAAGAUAUGGUCACGGAGAUCUCUGGUCCUAUGGAUCCAUGUCAAGUUCCGUUAGUGUGCGGAAAGCUCAGGGUUUGCUAUCUUGAUAACGAUUCGGAAAACGAGAGCUGUUCGUGUGUGGAUGGGAUGCGGUUAGAUGCGGGCAAGAAUACAUGCGUUCCGGUUAACCAAUCGUUGAGUUUACCUGUUACUUGCGAAGGAAGCAAUGUUUCGUAUUUCGAACUCGGUCACGGUCUGUCUUACUUCUCAACUAGAUUCACAGAUCCUGUGGAACACGAUAUCGAGUUAUCGACGUGUCAUGAUCUAUGCAGUAAGAAUUGCUCGUGCCUGGGUGUUUUCUACGAGAACACGUCUCGGUCUUGCUAUUUGGUAAAGGAUUCGUUUGGGUCUCUCUCUCUAGUAACGAACUCAAAAGACAAUCAUGAUCUUAUCGGAUACGUAAAGUUGUCGGUGAAAAAAAUGAAUGCUCCUCAUCAACCACCUGGAGGUAAAACUAGUUUUCCUUUGAUCGCGCUUGUGCUAUUACCAUGCUCUGGUUUCUUCCUUGUGAUUGCAUUGGGGUUUCUCUGGUGGAGAAGAUGCGCGGUAAUGAGAUACAGCAGCAUCCGUGAGAAGCAAGCAACUAGACUAGGCUCGUUCGGAUCAGGAGAUCUAGGAUCUUUCCGUAUCCCUGGCUUACCUCGGAAAUUCGAAUUCGAAGAGCUUGAGCAAGCGACGGAGAAUUUCAAGUUGCAGAUAGGAUCAGGCGGAUUCGGUGCGGUUUACAAAGGAACUCUCCCUGACGAAACCCUAAUCGCGGUCAAGAAAAUUACAAACCAUGGGCUUAACGGUAGACAAGAGUUCUGCACGGAGAUAGCGGUCAUUGGCAAUAUCCGGCACGCGAAUCUAGUGAAACUCCGAGGCUUCUGUGCUCGCGGUAGGCAGUUACUGUUGGUCUACGAGUACAUGAACCACGGGUCGUUGGAAAAGACAUUGUUCGGAGGGAACGGUCCAGUGCUUGAGUGGCAAGAAAGGUUUGAUAUAGCGCUUGGAACGGCGCGUGGGCUGGCCUAUCUACACAGUGGAUGCGAGCAAAAGAUCAUACACUGCGACGUGAAACCCGAAAACAUUUUAUUACACGAUCAUUUCCAGCCGAAGAUAUCUGAUUUCGGGUUAUCGAAGCUUUUAAGCCAAGAAGAGUCGAGUUUGUUCACCACCAUGAGAGGCACACGAGGCUAUUUAGCUCCCGAGUGGAUCACAAACACGGCUAUCUCCGAGAAAGCCGACGUUUACAGCUACGGGAUGGUGUUGUUAGAGCUAGUGAGUGGUCGGAAAAACUGCUUGUUCCGGUCAAGGAGCAACAGCGCAGCGGAGGAGAAUCAUCAGAACAACAACUCUUCCACGACAACGACCACGAGUUCUGGUUUGGUUUAUUUUCCGUUGUACGCUUUGGAUAUGCACGAACAAGGGAGUUACAUGGAGCUAGCGGACCCGAGGCUAGAGGGUCGGGUGACGAGCCAAGAGGUUGCGAAGUUGGUUCGGAUAGCUUUGUGUUGUGUUCACGAGGAGCCGGCUCUGAGGCCGACGAUGGCGGCGGUUGUUGGUAUGUUCGAGGGGACCAUACCGGUGGGGAACCCGAGGAUGGAGUCGCUCAACUUCUUGAGGUUUUAUGGGUUGAGGUUUGCGGAGUCUUCUAUUGUUGAAGGGGGAAAUGGGGAGAGUGACAAUAUGGGUUUUCACCGGAGAGAGAGCUCUAAUAGUGGCGGCUCUAGGCAGUCAGCUUCUUACGUGGCAUCACAGGAGGUGUCGGGUCCGCGGUGAGGAAUUUGUCUAAACGUGAAUCACUUUUUCUUUUGUUUUAUUUAUUUGUUGGUUAUACUUCUUUUUUUUUGGUAAAAUUGUUGGUUAUACUUUGUUAAUAGGCCUUGUUCAUAUAUGAUAAUUGGAUAAAUGUUGACAUAGAGA